ACGCCUUUGUUUCUAUAGGGCGGCUCCGGAGAGUACUAAACAGCUGUUUUUUGCAUUUUCCCACUUCUUUGUCAAACACAUAAUUUUCGCAUUUUGCCUAGUCCUCAUUCGUACACAUUCACAUUUGGGGUGUCUUCCGAAAGGAGAAUUCCAGACAUUUUUGUAAAAUUCUUCAAUUUUCGAGUAAUUAACCCGUCUCAAAAGGUAAAACAGCAAAAAAGAUGCCACAAGCUCGUCGCAAAGUUCCAUACAGUGGCAAAAAGAAGAAAGAUCAAUUGCUGCAAAAACGUCAAUUAAAAGGCUCGCAAAAAUAUUUGCGUACCCGCAGCGAUGAUGGUGAAACAACAGAGGACAAUGAAUUAACCGUACGCAAACUAAUGAUGCGUUCCCAAGGAUCCGGUGGUGGUGGUAAUCGAAAUGCAAAUCGUUAUAAUUUGUGUUUCUACCAGGAAUCCAAAAAGGAAAUGGAGCGUUUGAAAUUGGAAGGAUUAAAGCCCUAUGCUCCAGCCACUCCAAAGCAACGGGAAAUUGAUGCAAGAUUUUAUGAUGGUUAUGAUUUUCCAAUAAGACCAGAAUGGAAUUAUGAUAUGGAUAAAGCCACCUUGGAUCGUAAUGAAAAUAAAUAUUUCAGGGAAUAUGUCGAGCAAUUGCAAAAACGCCAAAAGGAAGAGAACAAGGAGUUGUCUCUAUUCGAAUUGAAUUUGGAAACAUGGCGCCAAUUGUGGCGUGUAUUGGAACUGUCAGAUAUUCUAUUGAUCAUUGUCGAUGUUCGUUUUUCGACCUUGAUGUUUCCACCCUCCUUGUACGACUACAUUGUGAACAAGAUUGGCAAACAUGCCAUUCUGAUUCUAAAUAAAGUUGAUUUGGUGGCACCUGAAGUUGUGGUGGCCUGGCGCUCAUACUUCAGAGAAACCUAUCCCGGCUUGCCAGUUGUUAUAUUCGCCUCAAAUCCCCAGCAAUCUAAAAAGGGUACCCAACAAAGCCGCCGUUUAAAUUACAAACGUGGCAUAGAAGGUGUUCAUAAUAUCUUUAAGGAAUGCCAAAAAAUUGUACAAUCCGAGGUUGAUCUUACCGGCUGGGAGCAAAAGAUACUUGAAGAUAUGGAAACGGAUAAUGCAUUUUUGGAAACUGAAAACGAAACAGUGGUGGAGAAAACAGUGGACGAAGCCGAAAGUACAAUGCCCCACGAAAGUGACGGAGGGAAACGUGAAAAAUAUUAUAAAGGCAUACUGACCCUAGGCUGUGUAGGUUUUCCCAAUGUGGGUAAAUCUUCGCUAAUUAAUGCCCUCAAGGGUCGUAAAGUUGUCAGUGUCAGCCGCACCCCAGGUCAUACUAAACAUUUCCAAACGAUAUUUCUAACCAAUUUAGUACGACUUUGUGAUUGUCCGGGUUUGGUAUUCCCUUCGUCAACAUCAAAAUACUUGCAAGUUCUUUUGGGUAGUUUUCCCAUUUCACAGUUGCAAGUUCCCUAUCGUUCCAUCCAGCUAAUGGCCGAACAUUUGGAUCUUCCGAAAAUUUUAAAAAUUCACUUGCCCGAGGACUAUGAUGAAUGGUCACCGGUGGCCAUUUCAGAUGCAUGGGCUUUUAAGCGUGGCUUCAUAGUGGCCAAAUCCGCCAGGCCAGAUCGCUAUAGGGCAGCCAAUCAUCUUUUAAGAUCUUGUGUGGCAGGACAGUUGCAAUUGAUAUUGCAGUUUUAUCCACCCAAUUUCAACGAACAAAAAGAAAUGUGGCUCAAACAUUCCGAUGUGGAAGAAGUUAAAAAGUAUCAAAACCUACCAGAAACUGGACAUGAGAAGGAAGAAGACAUACAAGAUAAUGAAGAUACAUCUUCGGUUAACUCAGAGAGUGCAUACGAAACCGAUGAAAAUAGUUCGUCCAACGAUGAAACAAAUGCCGAUGAAGACGAUGAAGCUGCUGAAAAUGCCUAUCUUGCUGGACAGGCCUCGACAUCGCGUAAUGCCUUCGCUUUGUUAGAAGACGAUUAAAGAAAGCAAAAACAUUGAAAUAUAAUUGGAUCUGUAUAAAAAAUGGUCAUUUUAUCCAGUAUUUUGUAGUCAUUAUUUGCAGUCCAAUCUGGAUUACAUAUCUACUGAAAUUGGAGCACUGCUCCUUUUAGUAAUCUUCGGUAUAAUCAUCAUCGUCCUCCUCAUCCGUCGGAUAUUGAUCAACGUGUUCACCCAUAUCAUCCAAAGAAAGUAGCAAGUGUAUGGCUCUGCAAAAAAAAAACAAAAUUAAAAUGAAAA